GGCCACCUGAGUUGUGACUCGAUUGUGAAUCCACUCCAGGCUUGACACUCGCGGGGGCCGAUUGGGGAAGUGUGCUAGCAAACACCACUGGCCUUAUUGCACUCCCUGUCUUGUUCCCCUUACCCCCAUCCCACUCCAGCACUGCCUCAUCCUAAAGGUCAACUUCGUCAUGGGUGGGCUACCAUGUGCAUCUAAAUGUGGUAACAAGGCCGUUCUCAAGCGACCUAAAACGGGUGCGGCUCUGUGCAAGCCUUGCUUCUUUUGGUCCUUCGAAACGGAAAUUCAUUUUGCCAUUGUGGACAACGGUCUGUUUGAGCGCGGAGAUCGCGUGGCCGUGGGCGCCUCGGGCGGCAAAGAUUCCACCGUCUUAGCCUACAUUAUGAAGACGCUCAACGAUCGUUACCACUACGGAUUGGAGCUCAUCUUGCUCUCGAUUGACGAAGGCAUUAGCGGAUAUCGUGACGACAGCUUAGAAACGGUCAAGCGGAACAGCCAGCAGUAUGACCUGCCCCUCAAAAUUCUGUCUUACGAAGAGUUGUACGGUUGGUCAAUGGAUCGCAUUGUGGCCCAGAUCGGAUUGAAAAACAAUUGCACCUUUUGUGGCGUGUUUCGAAGACAAGCCUUGGACCGUGGUGCAGCCUUACUGGGCGUCAAUAAGAUCGUGACCGGGCACAAUGCAGAUGAUAUUGCUGAAACGGUGCUCAUGAAUAUCUUGCGCGGCGAUGUUGCUCGACUUCAGCGUUGCACUGCUAUCACCACCAAGGAUCGUGAUGCCAACUCCACGGAUCUACCUCGUUCCAAACCGUUCAAGUUUACUUACGAGAAAGAGAUUGUUAUGUACGCCUAUUUCAAGGGUCUCGACUAUUUUUCCACCGAGUGCAAGUAUUCGCCCAAUGCCUAUCGUGGACACGCCCGGACAUUGAUCAAAGAGCUGGAGAAGAUUCGGCCCUCCUCCAUUUUGGAUAUCAUCAACUCGGGCGAAGAUUUGAAGUUCACUAACCUGGUGGAAGAGAAACUCCCUACUAAGUCCAAGUGCACCAAAUGUGGUUUUAUGUCCAGCUUAAGUGUUUGCAAGGCUUGUCUCCUAUUGGAGGGGCUAAACAAAGGUAUUCCUCAACUAGGGGUGAGAAAAAAGGCGGGUUUUCGUGUUUGAUUAUCAUCCAAGUAUGCGGCCUUCCAACCUACAAAUCGAUAUUCCUUUUUGAAUAAAGAUCACAUUCAAA